AGCUGCAACCCAACCAAAAACCCAACUUUCAAAAUGUUCCGUUUCAUCGCUAUCUGUGCCCUGGCCACCAUUGCCGCUGCUGCACCUGGUUUCGUGGAGCAGCAUCAUGUGGUGGCAGCACCCGUCGUUGCCAAGGUAGGCGCCGUGGUGCACAGUGCACCAGUUGCCACCUCCCAUCAGAGCUUCACUCAGUUCCACAAUCAGGCGGUCAUCACGCCCGUGGUCAAGCAUGUGGCUCCAGUGGUGCCCGUCGUAAAGCAUGUGGCGCCAGUAGUGCCUGUGGUUAGCCAUGUGGCUCCAGUGGUGCCCGUUGUAAAGCACGUGGCUCCCGUUGUCCACCAGCAGACCUAUGUGGCGCCCGUAUCAGUUGUGAAGACUCUGCCACAUGCCGUCUCCCACCAGAGCCACACACAGAUCCACCAGAAGGCCAUCAUCACCCCAGUGGUUGCACCCGUGCUCAAGACCAUCGCCACACCAGUGGUUAAGCAUGUUGCCGUCGCUCCCGUCGCUCACGUCUACCACCAUUAAGAGGUUUUUCUUAUUGAUUUGUUGAUUAU